AUGGCGGCUAUUAGUACUAAACAAAAGCUUUUAACGCUUAUUGAUGACAUUGAAAUCGUUUCUAAAGAGCUUUUCGAUGUAAUGAGCACCCCUAAAAACCAACAAAAACAAGAUACACCUGAUCCUGGCCUUCUCAUGGAAUUACUUGUUCAGAAAGAUAAAGAAAUUAAAGAAUCUUUAAAAUUAGCUGAGGAACAAAUGGAAAUUCAGAAAAUCACAGAUGACCUUAAACUUGAAGUGGACAAACGAGACACAGAUAUUAAGAAUUUUCAGAAGAACUUGAAAGAGGCAGAAACAAUUUUGGCGACUGCCAUCUAUCAAGCUAAACAGAAACUAAACUCAAUUGCCCAAGCAAAUAAGAAGACAAUCUCAUCAGAAGAACUUAUCAAAUUUGCUCACAGAAUCAGUGCCAGUAAUGCCAUUUCAGCUCCUGUCACAUGGGCACCAGGUGACCCUCGGCGACCUUACCCAACAGAUUUUGAAAUGCGGCAUGGAUUUUUGGAUCACAUGCAAAAUGCCCAGAGUGGAUCAAUGUCCUGGCAGUCUUCAUCUCUUCAGCCACCUCCCCCAGUUCCACCUCAGCCACCACCUUCUUCUGUUCCUCUGCUUGACCCGCCUCCUCCAAUGUUUGGCCUUACUAACAGUGCACACAACAGCUGCCUGCCGACCAGUGUAUCCGCUAUGGCCAGCAGUGCUGGCCUCUCAGAGUCGAUUCGCAACCACACAUCUCGAGACAAUGAAGAUGUUGAGAUUAUGUCAAGUGAUUCUUCUAGUAGUAGUUCGAGUGAUGAAUAA